GUGCUGGUAUGCCAAUUCAAAAUCCUGAAAAGGCCCCCAAGGCUCUAAUUUGGUAGCCUGGGAAAUCCCAUGCUGCUUUGCACAAUCAUUCCGAUCUGAAAGACUGUGAAAGCUAGCUCGUACCAAAGCGCUAGCCUGAGGUCGGGAGCCAAUCCGAGAGUGGGCAGGUGUGGAAAGAUGAUGAUGCAUAUUAAUCGACAAAUGGAAGUUUGCAGUUUGUUUGAAUACAACUGACAAGAUUGGCUUUGGGUUAUGUAUGUAGCCAGGCCGUGCCCUCCUAGUGAUGCAACAGCUUCAGCGUUGCUACCAGUCAGGUCAAGAGCAAUGCAAGUACUUUCUGAGCUCCCGCAAAAUCGGGAACUCGUCCCACUUUGUUGAGAAGCAAACAGUCAUUAACAAACCAAGAGGGGCCAUUUGGGAAAUGUUAAUUGUUAUGCUCUUGGUCAGACCAAGUCUCGAAGAGAUUUGAAAGUCGAUGAUAAUCAGGCUAACGUAUAUGGCCAAUUAAGAGCUGUUGCCAAUGGUAAACCACACCUCUCCUACAAGAAAUUCCACAGGUGGUCCCCGGACCAUACUGUAUCUCACUUGUGAUAUGGGUAUGAACCAGGCAACUAAUUUGGUUCUUUGUGGAUGAACAGUGUGCUUGUUAGGAAGGCGACAGACCAACUAGACUUCAGGGGCAGUCAUGGGUAAGUGGCUAGGGCGUCAGACUUGUAGUCUUGAGGUUGCCGGUUCUACUCCCGACCUGCCAGGUUGGUGGGGAGAGUAAUGAACAAGUGCUCUCCCCCAUUCUCCUCCAUGUCAGGUACCCUGAGCAUGGUACUGUCCCGCUGCACUGCUCCCUUGGGGUGCCGUUUGGGACUUCCCCCUUGCAUAGACAGGCAUAAAUGCAAUUGUGUUGUGUGCAGUGAGUGAGAGUUUCCCAGGUGGGCUUUCACUAGCUAGCCUAAAUAGCAUGCCUCAUCCACAGGCUGCAGAAUAACUAGCCUAAGUAGCAUGCUUCAUCCCCAGGUAUCAAUAAGUUAGCGUGUUUGUCUGCAGCAGUGCCUUCCUCUAUGCUGAGUGGAGAGACUGCUGAACAGGACAGGACAGGCCAGGGGGCUGCAGCAGCAGGCUCCUGAAGUGGAAAUGCUUUAACGGGCGUCUGACAUUGUUGACACUAAUCUUCCAUGAAAAUUAAUCCAGGCAUGUGGAAGGGUGAGGGAGGGGGCAUUUUUUUAUUUCCCUCAGAAUACACGUACUGCCCUUUAGUUAAUUUAUGAAAUUUGGUAUGUAAUUAAAUUGUGUUGUGAUGUAGGUGGCCAUGCAAUGUACAGUAAUGAGAAAAGAUGGAUUAUCAGUUGAUGUUGGAAAUUUGCGCGGAGGUCAUGCAGCCGUUUCUUUUGUGUGCUCGACUCAGCGGCCAUUGUUGUGUGAAGAGGAGGCGAGAGGCAGGAGCAUCCUUCUGCUCUCGGAUGCAGGAGAGAGAGGACCAGCGAGGGGGGGUGGGGAGGGUGCGCUAACAAGGGCCAGCCUGCACGCAUGCGCCACGGGCUGCUGCAACUAGGGGGAGAAUGCAGCAAGACGCACUGCGCAGGUGCGUGCCUGCAGCGCAUGCAGCUAUUUUUAGCAAGUGACGUCAUCAUGAAAUAUCAGCCAGCGUUCCAGCGGCCCCCCACCACCACCCCCUCUCCUCCCCAGCCCGAGAUUGACAGUCAGGACGUUUGCGAGAAGAUCAGCAGCAGCAGCACACCGACGACCGAGCCGUAGCAGCGAGCCAUCGGGCAGAGCGAGUGUGUGAGUAGGGUGAGGUUUGGUGGAGAGGGUCGGGUGGGUUGUGAGUGUGUGGUGUCACUGCGCUCUAUCUAGUCGCCGAAAGCUCCGCGCUGUCUGUCCGCUGGAAACGCAGCCUCGCCGCUUGACCCACACGUGAGCGUUCUCUUCUGUCGAGAGGGGAAAAAUCGUUUUCCAGCUGCCAGCAUAUUGCGCCGAACACAGCGUUUGGUCAGCGCACAAAGCGAGCGGACACGGAACCCGGUGGUCAGCAGCGCAAGAGACGUGAACAGCAGAGCGUUGCCGUAGUACCGUAGUAGUACCGAGCAUCCUCGCCUCCUUCAUCCACAUCCCACAGAAUGGCCGACCGGGAACAGCUGAUACAGAGAGCGCGUCUGGCGGAGCAGGCAGAGCGCUACGAUGACAUGGCCAACGCCAUGAAGCUGGUGACAGAGCUUAACGAGCCCCUGUCCAACGAGGACCGUAACCUGCUGUCGGUGGCCUACAAGAACGUGGUGGGCGCCCGCCGCUCGUCCUGGCGCGUCACCUCCAGCAUCGAGCAGAAGACGGUCGCCGACGGCAACGAGAAGAAGCUUGAGCUGGUGCGCGCCUACCGCGAGACCAUCGAGAAGGAGCUGGAGGCCGUCUGCCAGGACGUGCUCAACCUGCUGGACAACUUCCUCAUCAAGAGCUGCGGCGACGACGAGGCGCAGACCGAGAGCAAGGUGUUCUACCUGAAGAUGAAGGGCGACUACUUCCGCUACCUGGCCGAGGUGGCGACGGGCGAGAAGCGCUCGGCGGCCGUGGAGAGCUCCGAGGGCGCCUACAAGGAGGCCUUCGACAUCAGCAAGGGCAUGGCGGCCACGCACCCCAUCCGCCUGGGCCUGGCGCUCAACUUCUCCGUCUUCUACUACGAGAUCCAGAACGCGCCCGAGCAGGCCUGCCAGCUGGCCAAGGAGGCCUUCGACGAGGCCAUCGGCCACCUGGACAAUCUCAACGAGGACUCCUACAAGGAUUCCACGCUCAUCAUGCAGCUGCUCAGAGACAACCUGACCCUCUGGACCUCCGACCAGCAGGACAGCAGCGAGGCCGGCGAGACCGGGGGGAAAGAGUAGAGAGGAGCUGGGGAUGGAUGGAAGGAUGAGAGGAGGAGGAGGAGGAGGAGAGAAGGAGAGAGAGGGAUGUAGAGGGGAGAUGGAGAGGAGAGAGUAGAAGGAGAGGGGGGAUAGCAGCAAGGCUGGCGAGACUACCGGCAACAACUAGGAGGGAUGGAGGGAGAGAGGGAUGGAGAGAGGAGAGGAGAGAAAGCUGGAUGGAUGGAUAGCAAGGUCGGCAAGAUAACCGACAACAAUUAGGAGGGCUGUGGAGAGGGGGGGAUGAGAGGAGAGGGGUGAGAAGAGAGAAGAGGAGAGGGAUGGAAAGGGAUAGGGAGGAAUGAGAGAUGGAGAUGGGGAUGGAGAUGGGGAGGAUGUGGAGGGAUGAGAGGAGGCGAGGAGUGGAGAGGAGAGAUGGAUGGAUAGCAAGGCCGGCAAGACAACCGACAACAACUAGGAGGAAUGAGAGGAGAGGGAUGUGGAGGAAUGAGAGGAAAGAGGAGGGAUGACAUGAGAAUGGGAGGAGAGGAGAGGA